AUGGAGGCGGUGAAGACGGAGAUAGAUGCAGCUCCAACGCGCCUCCAAUCGCCAUCCCCCAAGACGGCGGAGACGGCGGAGCGCAAUCGCCGUCGCUCGCUGUCUCCGCAACCGCAACCAUAUCUUCCGCCGCCUCCCGCGGCGACGACGAACGGCAUCCCAACUCCUCCCCCGUCGCUGGAGGUCAACACGACUUCUUCCCCGACGCCACCGGCGUCGCCCAAACUCACUCCGGCGCCCGAGCCAAAACCUGCACAAGCAACCGGCGACAAGCUCCAAAAGGCAACGGUGGCGGAGAAGAAGGAAGAGAGCGAGAGCAGGACGAGGGCGAUCAUCCUCGCAGGGAACAACGUGGGAGCGGCCAUGGACUUGCUGGGGCCACCCUCCCCCUCCUACGGCCUUCGCCGGGCCACAAAGCUCGACGACGAUCAGCAGAGCAAGGAAGUUCAUCAGGAGAAGGCCAUGGCGACGCUGGUGAACAGCAACGUGCAGAGCGUCAACAAUUCGCUGCUCCUCGGCGGCUCCUGCAGCGCCGGCAGCCCAGGGGUGCACGUCACCCUCUCCAUCCAUUGCCGCCGCCCAUCCAAGACCCGCGGCAGCGGCGCCACCUCCACGCAUAAGCCUCACCAUCCAUCUCUGCCCUGA